AGGAACCAGCUGUUCCCGAAGCCAAUGGGAGUAAAGCGUGCUCGAAUACGAUAUCCCACGACGACGACCGAUGGCCCCUUCGUUCCUUUCUCUGCUCUUUCCUCUUCCCCUCUCUCGCAGGCCUAAAAUUUGGGUCGUGUUGCUUGGAUUGGGCCUGAAUCGGGCGGGGGCUACUCUUGUUUCUGAGUGUGCUCGGAUGGAGCCUCGCGUGGCCAACAAAUUCCGUCUCGGUCGCAAAGUUGGGAGCGGGUCCUUUGGAGAGAUUUUUCUGGGCACUAAUAUCCAGACGAACGAAGAGGUUGCCAUUAAACUCGAAAAUGUUAAGACAAAGCAUCCACAGUUGCUAUAUGAGUCAAAGGUGUACAAGAUCCUUCAAGGAGGAACUGGAAUUCCGAACAUGAGAUGGUUUGGUGUUGAGGGUGACUACAACGUCCUUGUGAUGGAUUUGUUAGGACCAAGUCUUGAGGAUUUGUUCAACUUUUGCAACAGAAAGUUCUCGUUGAAGACUGUCUUGAUGCUUGCAGACCAUAUGAUCAAUCGAGUGGAAUUUGUGCAUUCAAAGUGUUUUCUACAUCGAGAUAUAAAGCCGGAUAACUUUCUAAUGGGUCUUGGGAGACGAGCCAAUCAGGUGGUUUAUAUUAUUGACUUUGGACUCGCAAAGAAGUAUAGAGAUAGUUCAACUUAUCAACAUAUUCCAUAUAGAGAGAACAAAAACUUGACUGGGACAGCAAGAUAUGCAAGUGUUAACACACAUCUUGGCAUAGAGCAAAGCAGGAGGGAUGAUUUGGAAUCUCUUGGAUAUGUUCUUAUGUACUUCUUACAAGGAAGCCUCCCAUGGCAGGGUCUAAAAGCUGGAACCAAGAAACAGAAAUAUGAAAAAAUUAGUUAUCGAAAAGUUGCCACAUCAAUUGAAGCAUUAUGUCAGGGUUAUGCUUCAGAGUUUGCAUCAUACUUCCAUUAUUGUCGUUCGUUACGUUUUGAUGAUAAGCCAGAUUAUGCAUAUCUUAAGAGAUUAUUCAGAGAACUUUUUAUCCGUGAAGGUUUCCAGUUUGAUUAUGUUUUUGACUGGACAAUUUUGAAGUGCCAGCAGUCACAGAAUGCUAGUGCUCCUCCACGAGCUAUUGCUCCGGGAGUUGGGCCUAUCUCUGGCUUGGCUCCUGCUGCUGCAAAUAAUAGGCAGUCAGGUGGUGAAGGACGUACAAGUGGUCGGUCAGGAAUGGACCCCUUUCAUCACACAUGGGUUCCACCUCCAGCUGUACCUCCAGGGAGCUCGAUGAAGCAGAAAAUUUCCCUAGGCAAUGAUCCUUCUCCCACUAGAGGAGCUAUGUUUUCCGGUUCAAAUUAUUUGGGGCAGUCAAGCGGAUCUUCAAGGCGAGCUUUUUAUUCUAGCAGCCGAGACAUGGUCUCUGAGGCAGAUCUAUCACGCACUAGCACGGCAGAGGUCAGCCCUGGGACUUUCCGUAAAGUUUCAAGCUCUCAAAGAAGUUCCCCAUUUAGUUCUUUGGAGCCCAAGUACACUUCCGCUGGAAGGAAUCCAAACAUUAAGAACUAUGAAUCCACCCUCAAAGGUAUCCAGCGUCUUAGCUUUGAUGAUGAGGAAAGGAUCCAGUACUAAACCAAGGUGCUGCAUCUCUCUGUAUGUUCUUUCUGUAAAGAUCUAAGAACAGAGCGCCAGUAAGAUUCCACAUUUAUUUACCAUGAGUUGCCAUAUGACUGGUUCUGAGAAAUUGUUUCUGCAGACAGGAAAAAAUUAAUGCCGGCUCCCAGAAGCUGAGAUAUCGUCCGGCUGUUCCACGGCCAUGGUAUGGCUCCUCUGUACAUCUGUCUCGAGUUUGCCAUGGCUCCUCAUUUCUUUUACUGCCAUCAAUGUAUUGUCUUGUUUGAAAUUAUUUUUGUUUGGUUCCACAAUUACAUCAAACCUUGAGUAGUUUUGUUACAUUUUUUUUGCAUUAUUAGCUCUUAUUGUUUAGAAGUCCACUGGCUGGCAGACAAUUUCCAAUACUGAUUCAUGAUAUGUUGUGGUAAUCAAACCAAAUUACUCCCUGAACUGAUAUGAAGUGUAACAUGUUUUAA